AUGAUGGCGGUGGCACUGGAUGCCGUGUGGGGCCGGGUGAAGAACGUGUGCAAGCAGAACGGACUCCUGAUCCUCUCCGUGCUCGCCGUGGUCAUAGGGUGCCUGCUGGGCUUCUUCCUGCGGACACGGCGUCUGUCUGAGCAGGAGGUGAAAUAUUUCCAGUUCCCAGGAGAGCUGCUAAUGAGGAUGCUGAAGAUGCUCAUUCUACCGCUUGUCGUGUCCAGCUUGAUGUCGGGACUGGCGGCCCUCGACGCCAAGUGCUCGAGUCGGCUGGGGCUGAUCACCAUCUCCUACUACCUGUGGACGACCUUCGUUGCCGUGGUGGUGGGCAUCGUCAUGGUGUCCAUAAUUCACCCGGGGGGCGCCGCGCAGAAGGAGGACUCCGAGGACAGCGGGAAGGCAAUCAUGAGCUCUGCCGAUGCCCUGCUUGACCUCAUCCGCAACAUGUUUCCAUCUAACCUGGUUCAAGCAACUUUUCAACAGUAUCGGACAAAGAGCACACCGAUCAUGAAGACGCCAAAGCCCACGGUCAGUCAGGGCCUCACGGGCACCACGACCCGACGGGCCCUCAUCUACGGCAUUCAGGAUGACAACGGAACCGACGUACAGAACUUCUCUCUGGACCUGACUCCGCCCCCCGACGUCAUAUUCCGCACCAGCCCAGGCACCAGCGAGGGAAUGAACGUCCUGGGAAUCGUCAUCUUCUCUGCCACGAUGGGGAUAAUGCUAGGCAGAAUGGGGCCUAAUGGCACUGCUCUGGUCAAUUUCUGCCAGAGCCUGAACGAAGCUGUCCUGAAAAUUGUCGCCAUCGUCAUCUGGUACUUCCCCUUCGGCAUCGUGUUCCUGGUUGCCGGGAAGAUUCUGGAGAUGAGCGACCCGUCGGCCAUGGGUAAAAAGCUCGGGUUCUACGCCGUGACUGUGGUCAUGGGGCUGGUGCUGCACGGGCUUUUCAUCCUGCCCAGCAUGUACUUCUUCAUCACCAAGAAGAGCCCCAUCGUGUACAUCCGUGGCAUCCUGCAGGCCCUGCUCAUCGCGCUUGCCACCUCGUCCAGCUCCGCCACGCUGCCUAUCACCUUCAAAUGCCUCCUGGAGAACAACCACAUCGACCGGCGCAUCAUCCGCUUCGUGCUGCCCGUCGGCGCCACCAUCAACAUGGACGGCACGGCGUUGUACGAAGCGGUGGCCGCCAUCUUCAUCGCCCAGGUCAACAACUACGAGCUGGACUUCGGCCAGAUCAUUACCAUCAGUAUUACAGCCACUGCAGCCAGUAUUGGUGCUGCAGGGAUUCCACAGGCUGGAUUGGUUACUAUGGUGAUUGUAUUAACAUCUGUCGGAUUACCAACUGAUGACAUCACUCUCAUCAUUGCCGUGGACUGGGCACUAGAUAGAUUCAGGACCAUGGUCAAUGUGAUGGGGGAUGCCUUGGCCACAGGCAUCAUGGCCCAUAUCUGCAGAAAGGACUUUGUCAAGGAAGGAGAAGGGGUGCCCCUGAUCUGCGAAACCAAGCCCAUGAUCAACAUCCAGCAGAUCAUGGCCUACCAGAACAACGGCGGCUUCCAGCCCCCCCCGCCAGACAUAAAGGCGGACAACAUCCCCCCCGAUGUGCGACGGCUGAUGCAGCUGGAGGAGGGCCUGAGGUCGUCUGAGAAGAAGAGGCCCCCGGCUUCGCACAAGCGCGCUGACAAGGACAAGCACAAAGACCACUGCAGCAUCGACAUGAACGGCCUAGAGACUAAUGUGUAGACUGCUCAAGGAGGGCUGGACUACAGCUGAUCAUGCCGGAGUUAAGAUUAUACCCCCAUGGGAGAAGAUUGGUAAGGUCAAGAAGGACGUUGGUAAAGUUUUUUUUUUUUUUUUUUUUACAGGGAAGGUUUUGAUUCAGAUGUGUGAAAAAGUGAAUUGUGAGUUUUCGUGGUUUUAUGCUGGAAUGUGUGCGGUCAGCACAUGUGGGUAAAUGUCAGCAGAGAGCAUCCUGGGAAGGAUGGACUCCGCCAUGUUUGUGAGAGUAGUUGGCAGCACCAGCCAAGAGACUGAUGUGCGUCGGCUAACUUCCUGUUUGGACUCAAUAGGAGGUGACGAAAGGAUGGGUUUCCUGCCAGUGUACAAUCUGUGGCCUUAGGGGGGCGCAAAGAACGGAUAUUCAUUCCACUGCAGCCACAGCUGGAUGCUAUCACUUGCUUUCUCCAGAUGCUGCCUGCAGCACCAUGUCUUAGGGUCACUGGAACAAAUGACCUCCAGUGGCAUUGUGGGAGAUGUUCCAUUCAUGCACGCCAGUGGUAAGCAUUUGAGCACAAAAGCACAGACACACACAUACACACACAUGCACCCACGCACACACACACACACACACACACACACACACAUGCACGCGCACACACACACCCGUAUAUUGAUUAUUGAUUCUUUGGGGAAACUUUGUAUAAAUCUAGGCACCAGGAGUCUGGACAACAGUUCUCAUUUUUUAAUCAAACAAUGAUGUAUUCAAGUGGAAUACCUGCUCUGUUUUUUUUUACUCUUGCUUAUUUAAUUUGAUACAUGUGAAUUUUAUAAGCUUUCUUCAGUCAAGUGUUACUCUUUUGGAACAACAUUCCUGUAAUAUGAGGCAAAGUGCAUUGUGAAUCACUAACUCAUUGUCAGUUAAUGGCUUUCUUGGUAAUGGAGGUGGUGUAUUGUCUUUGCCAUUAUAUUGCACUGCUGGUUUUUCUUGAUUAUAUGCUUUCUCCUCAUUUCAACAUAUGGGGCCCAUAGUCAGGCUUCCAUCCAUGUCUGUACGCAAAAAAAAAAAAAAAACAUUUA